UCUCAAUCUCAUCCGCGGACAAGAUCGACAGCAACCAUAUAUACAUGGAAGGAACCGUCAACAUGGUCUCCGGUCGAGCUUCGGCACGUCGCCCAGUUCCACUCCAUUCACCAUGAGAUUCAAAACUCUCGCCUGCGCCGCGCUCGCCGCAACCACCUUCGCCGCCCCUACAUCCGAACCCAAGAAAGCAAAGUUCAGCUGGAAUAAAACAAAAUCCCUAAUCGCCUUCGGCGACUCCUACACCUUCGUCCAAGGCCUCCUCGGCCAUCCCAAUUACACCUACAUCGGCGACAAUUUCUCCCUCUCCUUCACACCCCAGCAACUCUUCAGCAACCGCAUCGUGCAGAACCAGACAUCCACUGCCUCCGGCGGACCAGUCUGGACCGAAUUCAUCACAAACUGCGGCGUUAAGCCGGGGCAUACCGACCCGAGGAAGUGUGAGAAACAGCUCUGGGAUUUCGCGUACGCGGGGAGUAAUACUGAUGAGGUGUUGACGCCGCUGCACUGGAAUCACACGGUUAGUCUUGAGAAGCAGAUCGAGCAGUUCGAAAAGUACGGAGAUGUCGCGCUGCAGAAGAUACUGAAGAGGAAGGAAGCAUUGGUGGCGCUCUGGAUCGGGAUCAACGACAUCAACGACCUCGCCAAGUUGAGAGACAAGAACGCAAGCUUUGCGUCGUUGUACGAGCAGGUCGUUACAAGUCAGGAGCGGCUUUGGGAGAGGGUGUAUAAGCUGGGGUAUAGGAAUUUGUUGUUGUUGAACCUGCCGCCUCUGGACCGUGGCCCAAGCCCCAGCGUGAACAAGACCCUCGUCAGCACCUAUAAUGGCAUCCUCGCGUCCCAUGCGACCGCUUUUCAAAAGAAUCACACGGAUGCGACGGUGUUGCAGUUCGACGUCAACACCGUCCUCAACCAGGUGUUUGACGAUGCUGCAGAUCACGGAUUCACCAACACUACCAAUUUCUGCCCUGGAUACAACCAGCCAGAUAUCCUUACAAACCCGGAGAAGUACGGUUGCGGGAAAGGUCUGGAUACAUAUCUGUGGUAUAACUCGGGACAUUUGACUAGUCGGGUGCAUGAAGUGUUUAGUAAAGUAUUGGCGAGGUGGUUGGGUGAGCAGGGGCGCUGAUGAAUGAAGAUGUAUAGGGCUGGGUCGCUAUGAGUUGGUGCGAACGAAGUCAAACUGAGCGCCUGAUUAUGAACAUGCAUCAUUAGGCCACAUUAUAUGUCGUAGGCGCGUCAAAAUCAUAAUGGC